GGAGUCUGUGCGCGCUGCGGGGCCACACUGCGCCGCUACUGAGGACACACAAGCACUGUGAAACGGGAAUAGGGAACGGAAACGGCACGGUAGCACACUGCACAGGGGAUACGCUACCCCUUAUCAAAUAUAAAUUGCAGAUUAACAUCUAAAGGACCCGGAACCCUCGGAAAUAAGAAGACUAUCCGCACCGACAUCCCCAACGAAUAUAUUUUAGCCACCACGGCGAGGGAACAAUGAAGGAUCGUACGCAAGAACUACGAAGUGCUAAGGACAGCGACGAUGAUGAAGAAGUGGUCCACGUCGACCGAGAUCACUUUAUGGAUGAGUUCUUUGAACAGGUGGAGGAGAUUCGCGGCUGUAUAGAGAAGCUCUCUGAAGAUGUGGAACAGGUGAAGAAGCAGCACAGUGCCAUCCUGGCAGCGCCCAACCCUGACGAGAAGACCAAGCAGGAGCUGGAGGACCUGACAGCUGAUAUCAAGAAGACAGCCAAUAAAGUGCGCUCAAAAUUAAAAGCGAUCGAGCAGAGCAUUGAGCAGGAGGAAGGAAUGAACAGAUCAUCCGCAGACUUGCGAAUCCGGAAGACACAGCACUCGACGCUGUCGCGUAAGUUUGUGGAGGUCAUGACUGAGUACAACACCACGCAGUCCAAAUACAGAGAUCGUUGCAAGGACCGUAUCCAGAGGCAGCUGGAAAUCACUGGGAGAACAACCACCAAUGAGGAGCUGGAAGACAUGCUGGAGAGCGGCAAGCUGGCCAUCUUCACUGAUGAUAUCAAAAUGGAUUCCCAGAUAGACAAGCAAGCUCUCAACGAGAUCGAGACCAGACACUCUGAGAUCAUGAAACUGGAGAACAGCAUCCGCGAGCUGCACGACAUGUUCUUGGACAUGGCCAUGCUCGUGGAGAGCCAGGGUGAAAUGAUUGACAGAAUCGAGUACAACGUGGAGCACUCGGUGGACUAUGUGGAGCGGGCAGUGUCCGACACCAAGAAGGCCGUCAAAUACCAGAGCCAGGCUCGCAAGAAGAAGAUCAUGAUCAUCAUCUGCUGCGUCAUCCUGGGAGUCAUCCUGGCGUCCAGUAUUGGAGGAACCCUCGGCUUCUAGAACACCCAGAAGAAAGACCAACGAGAAGAAAAAAAACAGAGAGAAAUAUAUCACAUACAAUACGAGAUAAGGAAACUGUUAUUAAAAGGGGUUGGGUGGGGUUGAAAAAAACAAAGACAAAAAAAAGCAAACAAACAAACAAAACACUACACGCUAGCUGACUAAAUACAUGCUGUAUACAAAAUGUGGGUACAAGCAAACAUAAUAUGAUGUACAUGUAAAUGUAUUGAACAUAAGAACAUAAGAAACAGCACAUGGGUUAGCUCCCUGUAAAGAAAUAAUGUCGUACAGCAUUUUUCUUUCUUUAUUUUUUAAACUGUUUCUUUCGUUUCUCGGGGGGUCUCCAGGAUAGUGCCAGAUACUGCUAAAUUGUUUGUGUUCCAGCAGAGUCAAGGAUUUUAUUUGAGGGGUUGCAUUCUCGUGUUUGUUGCACAAACUUUACCGUAGACUUUUAGAGAGAGGGACUUGUGUAGCUAACACCAUAGACAAUACAGUCAAGUUUCGUUGGGAGGGAUUUCAGCUUCUCCAGACUGCUCUUGCGGCCAAUUGGUUUGAACACAGUCAUUGGCCCAUCCAAAAGCUACUGUCACGAUUUACCAGAAGCCACAAAGCAGUCGACGUAAAAGCGGGACUCGAUUCUGAUCUGAAUCAAAUCUCAUGGAUUCAGAAUUCAGAAUCUGACUUCUGUGUCUGAGAGUUGGCUGCUGUUGGCAGUCUGGUAAAGCAAAACUGACAGCAUGACCUCCAAAAACCCACGUCUUUGUUUCAUUCGACCUUCAAGAGCUUUGACUUAAAGAGCACACUGCUGAGGAUUUGGCGUGGGCUGGUUUGAAGAGGCCCAGACGUACAGACAACCCUUCCAGAGGCGCUAGACCCUGGCAGAGGGCCUUACACCAAACAGGGCCUCAUUACCAACACACCAGGAAGAAAGACAAAGCAGUCAGGGCAGUCUGUACAUUAGGCCUAACUUGUGGAACGAGGAAAUGUUACAUUUCCGAGGAAACAAAAACAGACCUAUACGACAGGUGAGGUACAAGCAUGUGCCGAACAAGUUGAACUAUGCAGUUUUGACAAACGAGUGCAGAGUUCUCCCUAACCCCAAACAGCCGAAACAAUAGGGUCGAACUAGCACCAGGCAGAGAGACGUGAUACACCGGAUCAGGAGAGAGAGAGAGAGAGAGCGAGUGAACGAGAACACUUUAGCCGCUGACGCUGUUCUUAAGAUUUUUCUGAAAAUGAAGAACGUUUAAAAGUACAGAAGAAAACUUA